CCUAGGUACAGUAUCCACAGUUCAGUUGAGGUAAAGUACUGAGGCUGCAGCGCUCCAUGCACUGCAUCGUAGGGAGAUGCAUACAGGACACUGGAUGGUAGCGCUCCAUGGCUACCGUAGGUUACCGUUCACGCUGCACUCUUCCCUAGGUUCCCUGUCGUGAGCACGAGGCCUUGGACGAUCUAGACCAGCGCUGAUCAUUUUAUGUAUCAAUCAUAUCACAUCCAUCCUUGACGGAUAUGUACUCGACCUAAACCACACACACUCUCUAUUCCUUCGUCUUUUUUUUGUCUUCCUCUUCCUCUUCCUCUUCCUCCAUCUCUGAUGCUCUCCUGAGAUGCCCUCAAUUCCCAAUCCCAGUCCUCGAUAACCUCAGACUCAAUCUCAACCUAAGACGUCCAGCCACCUACCUACUUAUCGUACCUUAGUAGUAUACAACCUAAUUCAUUCUUGGCCCGCGCUCAGAAACCCGCCCCUCUCUCUCUCCCGAAGCCAAAGAGAUCGUCCCCGCUUCAACAGUAAAAGAACCAGCUAUGGCCGCCGAUAAUUCAGAUCACCGAACCAGGAUCAACCCCCUCAUGCCUCCUGCAAAGCAAGAGCGCAUUCACAUCUGGCGCACCGAAGUCGCUUCAGCCCUACACCUCCCCACGGCCCCGUCACUAUCAUCAUCACUAUCAUCUUCAUCCGCCGCCACUCCAGACCCCGACCCAGAUACUUCGUUUGUUACACCUCCAUCACCUGCUGGUUCCAAGCCCCGAAGCUUGUGGAAGCGCAUCAGCUGGCGCUUUGGGCCCAAGAGACGCACCGCUGCCAACAUGGCCGCCGCCGCCGCCGAGCUUCCCCCAGAUGGCCGUACGGCCAUGUACCGCGGACUUGAGAACAGGGUGGCUCGUGGAGAGGACGCGAGAGAUGAAGAAGGCGGCAUUCUGGAGAGGGAUAGCGAAGAAGGAAAUGGCUUGAAGGAGAAGCAAGAGAGGUUGGCUCGAGCAGCCAGGUUACUCAACCGUCGCAUCGAGGAACGGUGACAGCGUCGCCAAUGGACUGACGCAUCAGCACUCGCUACCAAGCAAGGAAUGCGUCUGUCACGUUUGCUUACGAACGGCUCGGUGCCAGCAUUACAUACUUCUUAAUAGGCAGCCGGGUCCAUGUCGACAUGUGUCAUGAUAUAGCAUUUAUUCUUCAUUAAUCAAUGUCCUUCACAGAUAAUUCCACGUACCCAGACUAGCAUGCACGUGUAAACCAAUCUUUCUAAUCUCAGGGACGAGAGACUAUCACAUUCGACACUUGUCCCGCCCGACAUUGACGUUAAACAUAUGCAAACUUCGGAAACCCCCUUAGCAGACGGCUCGCGAAUGGAAAGACGGAACACGAGCGCUGGGAAGAUGCAACAGUUCAACAUCAGGAAAAUGUCAGCAGAGAACAAACGUCACCAGUGCAGAACUCUGAGAGGCUUCAGAUCGGAAAAGCCAAGGGGCAGCUUAUACCGCCACUUUUUUCUCGCUACCCGUGAACAUGAAUGUAGGGGUUGAUUUUUGGGGACAAGUCUUUGUUUAGAAACAACAGGAAACAAUUCAUCUCUCCAUUGCCUCUCUUCAGGGGGGUUGCGUUUGAGAACGAACCAAUAGACAUGAACAGAAAAACAUAAAAGACAUACGACAAUUGGG